UUCUGCCAGAGUCUUUUGUGCUGCUCAAGGGUGGCUCAGUGUUCAAUACUCCAUACCGCUGCCAUCCUUUCGGCUGUGAUAGGGACGCAGAAGAAGGCCUAUGUUCGUGAUAAGCCGCAUAUGAAUAUUGGCACUAUUGGCCACGUAGACCACGGGAAGACCACUCUAACAGCGGCUAUUACUAAGGUUUUGUCUGAGGACCACAAAGGACAGACUGUUUACAAAUCAUAUGAGGAAAUUGAUGCUGCUCCCGAGGAGAGGCGUCGGGGCAUUACUAUUAAUGCAGCUGUGGUCGAUUACUCAACGGACAAGCGCCAUUAUGGUCAUACAGAUUGUCCUGGUCAUGCUGAUUACAUUAAGAACAUGAUUACUGGGGCUAAUCAAAUGGAAUGCGCCAUUAUUGUCGUUGCUGCAACUGAUGGAACAAUGCCUCAAACUCGUGAACAUCUCUUGCUUGCCAAACAAAUUGGGAUAGAGAAUAUUGUCGUAUUUAUCAAUAAAGCUGAUGCUGCUGACGCUGAGAUGUUGGAGCUUGUUGAAUUAGAAAUCCGUGAUACCCUUAGGCAGUAUGGAUUUGAUGGCGACAAAACUCCGGUCGUUAGCGGUUCGGCUCUCUACGCUUUGGAGGACAAGGACCCGACUAUUGGUCGUAAUAAAAUUGUUGAACUACUGAAGGUGAUUGACGAGGUGCCAAUGCCCAAGCGUGAUCUGGAUAAGCCGCUUCUUCUUCCAAUUGAGCAGGUUUUCACAAUCACAGGUCGUGGAACGGUUGCAACGGGCAGCAUUAAGCGCGGGAAAGUAAAACUGCAAGAUCAAGUCGAAAUGAUCGGCUACAACAAAAUACUGAAGUCCACGGUUACUGGGAUUGAAAUGUUUCAUCAGAUGAUGGAAUAUGGCGAAGCUGGUGACCAGGUCGGUAUUCUGCUACGCGGUAUAAAACGCGAUGAGAUUCGGCGUGGAAUGGCGAUUGUUGCUCCGAAAUCGGCCACUAUUCACAACUACUUCAAGGCUCAAGUUUACAUGCUUUCUAAAAAAGAAGGGGGUCGAGAGAAGCCAUUUACAAACAACUUCCAGCUACAGAUCUUCAGCAUGUCAUGGGACUGUCCGGCUUUUCUGCAGUUGGAAGAGGGUCGAGAACUACUAAUGCCCGGAGAGGACGCUGGAAUCAAGCUGCACAUGCAAAAGAAAAUGUUCAUAGAACUGGGUCAGCGCUUCACCAUUCGUUCUGCUGGCUCGACAUUGGGCUACGGCGUGGUGUCCGAACUCCUUCCUGAUCCUGGAAUGGGGAAAUGGGCCGAGUAG